AUGCCCUCAACAUCGCUCCCCUAUACUCAGAUGGCUUUUCAUAUGCCACUGAAGGAGCUUCAACCAGUGGAUACGUCACUUCCAGAACAUAUAAUAAAGGGCGCAGUAGUCAUUGACAAAGAGUUAACAACAUGGAAUCGGCGAGCGGUUAUUCCAUCUACUGCUCUUCAUACAGUAUUCAUAACGAUCAACCGGUUAGAACAGAAACAAGCCGAUGUAGUCAAAAUGGCUGCACGCGAAAUGAAUUUACCAGAAGACAACACGUACGGACUGAUGGCUGAUGCUCCUAAACGAUUCAUAACAAAUGAAAAUAUUGAUCAGCUAGGCAGUGGAUUUAUAUUGACUCUUUGUGCAUCUCCAGAUAAUUACGUCAAACGGAUCACUGAAAUUUUGGAAGAUGGAAAAAAUAUUGCACAAAUGGAGAAUGCCGUGAAAACUUUGGACGAAUUUUCACUUGAUCCCGCUCUAAUCGAAGCAUUCUACCGUUGUUCAUCUCUUGAACUACUUUUCGAUUUGGUACGUGACGAUCGAGUCUCCAUGAGUUACACACUGCUCUCAACAUGCUUACGUGCUCUUUCAAGCAUUCUUGAACUCGCCGUUGGAGACGUAACCUGGAAAUCAGUUCCUCGGGACGUUGUCGUCUCGAUUGCAGCUUUGGUAACUGGAAAAGCGAAACGAGAAGAAGUGAAUACUCUACUGGCUGCGCUUGCCAUGAUUGAGCAGUUGGUUAUUGGUCACAAUGUGCAACUUUUCAGCGACGACACAACAAGAGAUUGGGUUCUAGAAGAAGUGCCCAUCGAAACUUUAAUUCGUCAUGUCGAGAAAUCGGAUGAACGAAUCGCACUUGCCGCACUUUCUUUGAUGAACUCAAUGAUUCGACACUGCUCAGAUAAAGAUAAAAGACUGGAACUUAUAGAAUCGUUAGAAGUGGUUCCGUUCAGAAACGCAGUUCACAGUUCUUUACUGCGAGAUGGUAGUGCUCGAGACCCAAAAGCGCUUGAACAACUUGUAGAAGUUCAAAGAAGUCUUAUCAGUGCUUACGAUACAUCUCCUGCUUCUGAUUCUGAGAUUCAAAAGGUUCUUGAUAUCGAUUCAGCUAACGAGAAUUCUGAAGAGGAUGUGGAAAUCUGGAGAACUAAACUCGCAGAACAUCGUUGCGGUAGGCUGGCUACUGUAGCUAUGGUACUAUUCGGCGAGAAAAGCCCUCAAGACUUGAGAAUGCUCAUUUCCGAAAAUACAAUGAGAAUAGAAGGAGGAAAAUGGCAAUUGAUUCCAAUGUGGAUGAGAUGUUGUGAUAUUACUGCUGAACUAUUUGGGUUGCUCCCUGGCCGCGACGAGCUCGACCGUCUUAUAUCAAUAAUUUUCUCAACAGAUUCCCCUUUCCCAGCUGUAUUUUCUUGUAUCGUCCAUCUAUUCCAUCGAACAUGGCGAGAAAUGCAAGCAAAGGGUGGCGAGAUGGACAAGGUGGCAAGUUUUGUUCUAGAGCAGUUGAGACAUGUUCUGAAACGAAAAGAAAUUCACGAUGUCGAAGAAAUGUCAGCUGACUUGGAAACAUUUUCCUAUAAAGCAAUGCAGGAAGUAAGAAGAGAAGAACAGCUGGAAAAAGAAAACGAUCAAUUACACAGUGAAGCCGUGAUAUCUCUCAAAGCAAAACUGAGACCAAAAAUUGAAGAGCUGGUCAGAAUAAAUCAUCUUAACUACUUGAAAAAAGGUGAUGUUUUUCGAAAACCAAUGAAAAGCAAGUCUCUUGCAAAAGCUGCAUACUGGUUUUGGAAACUUGAUGCCUCUGAAAAAAUGCUCACAAUCACGGCAUGUGAUGGAGAACGUUUUGUGGAUGAUGGACAUCGUGAUGAUAUCAGACAAGUAUGGCUCAAAGAUGUUGCUGAUGUGACGAACAACGAUGAGAUCGAUCGAAAAGCCAGUUCCUCACGAUUCGCAUCAUCUCCAUCAACAAACAUGUUACGCGGAGUACGUGUUCAAUUGAAACCUACAAAUGAUCUCAAAGAAGGAGAAGUUCUGAUGGCUUUGACACCAGACGAAACACAGGCGGGAAUUUGGCAGGAAAGCCUUGCCUAUUUAGUGGGAAAUACCGAAAUGAGAAGUAAAACAAAUGCCAUUGUCGAACGAAUGUUGAAAAUGGAGCUCCGCGUCCGACUUCUUAAUGUGAAACUUGCGGAUCCUGAAAACGAACCAGACGUUCCUCCUAUCCCAGAUGAUCUUAUCAGUUUUAUUUCCAGCUUUUGA